UAUUCUUAUUGAAAUAUGAUUUUUUUUCUCUUAAUAGCAUAGGGUUUAGGGUGCCACACCCAAGCAUGACCUGAACCUCAAUCCGCACCUUCAACCAUGGCCGAUCGCGACCGUGACCGUGAACGUGACAGAACUCGCGACAGAGAAAGAGACAGAGAACGAAGACGAGACAAGGACGACCGUGACCGUGACCGUGACCGCGACCGUGACCGUGACCGAGCGCGUAGCAAGAGAUCCCGUUCGCGUUCGCCUGACCGUAGCCGCUCCCGCCACGCGCGCUCUCCCUCGCCCGCCGACCGCUCCCACCGCCGCCGCCACCACCGGACUCCCUCCCUCGACCCGCCGCGGAAGCGCCACCGGAGAGACUCCGCGGAUGAGGAGCACAAGGAGACGAAGAAGGCGGUGUCGGACUUCGUGGACGGCAUCGUGAAGGAGCAGCAGCAGAAGCAGAAGGAGAACGGAGGCGCAGGAGAAGAUGAGGGGAACGAGGACGAGGUGGAGAUGAUGAAGAUGCUCGGGAUUCCCACUGGAUUUGACUCCACCAAGGGGAAACCGGUCGCCGGUGCUGACGUCAGCGGCGUCAGAGCCGUCACCAAGCGCCAACCGCGCCAGUACAUGAACCGCCGCGGCGGAUUUAACCGUCCAUUGCCUGCUGAGAGGAAUCGCUAGGGUUUUUUCAGUCAGAUGAGAAAAUAGCUUUUGGUGGCAGUUCAGUCAUGUGGAAUAUUGGAACCAGAAACCCUUGGUGGAUCCGAAAUGAGAGCGCAAUACCUUCCGCUCAAUGUCCAGUGUAAUUGGUGUUAGGCAUGUUUUAUUUUUUACCUCUCUAAUUGUCUAUCUGUCAUUCAUAGAAUUUGCCAAGUUUUCAUACAGUAUGGAGAUUUGGCUUGCAUGCCUUACACCUUGGGAUGCACAUGCUUUAUGUAAUCAAGUAACUCUGCAUUUCAAUAUCAUGACCGAUGGACGUGCGAGUUUGUGAACUCUGUCGUAAACUAUUAGUUUGAAUUCUUAUCAAUGCGCAAAAUAUUGCAACAA